AGUUAGACUCAGAUCUGAAGACACAGCAGGGGAUAAUAGGAUCAGACACAUCCUACACCUGCCCGAAGGACAGCGGAUCAUCAAGGUGUCAGGCUCACUUCAAGUCUGGGACUUGGAGAAGGGUACGCAAGUUGGGAAGGAAUAGGAGGACAAAGGCAUAGGAGUGCGCGCCAUAGCAUUGUCGCCGGACGGCAAGAUAGUAGCGAGUGAGAGUGAGGAUGGCGCAGUGAAAUUGUGGGACGUCGACACAGACAAGGUCAUCAAAACAUGGAAGGGACACACACAAGAAGUGAAAUCCGUGUGCUGGAGCCCAGACGGAGGGCGAGUGGUGAGCAGAUCCUUCAAAGAAAUCAGAGUGUGGGAUGUCGAAAGCGGAGAAACUAUCCUUGGACCAAUUGACGCAGGGAUCAACGUGUCCGCGGUUUGCUACUCGCCAGAUGGCAAGAUGAUUACAACAGGCGGGGUUGACCUAAAAAUCUGGGAUGCCAACUCGGGCGAAUUGCUCAAAACACUCGAGGGUUUUUUUUACGUGCAUGGUCUUCGGAUGGAAAAAUAUUCAUCACCGGGGGAUCUAAGAUUACGACAUUCGACACAGCCACAUGGACUGUUCGUGCACGAAAACCUCGUCGAUACCAUUUCAAUAUCUCCCAAUGAGCGCAUCCUCGCAAGCACAAAACACCUGGUCGAGACAGUGCGACAAUGGAACCUCGAAACCAAUCAGUCCAUCGCAACACCACUCUACCAUGAAAACCCGGUGAAUUGCGCGACCUUUUCUGCAGAUGGAAAGUUCCUCGUCACCGGCUGUGAUGAUGGCGACAUACACAUAUGGGACGUUUCCGCUAUCAUCAAAGAAGUUGGUCUUCCGUCAAAUAUUGCUGAUGCUACACCACGACCAGCUCCAAAGAUCAAAGGUACCCGUCGAAUCCCUCCAGGAUUUUUUAAUGAUGCACUGCAAGAAGCUCAUUUGUCUAGAUUGCGUACUCAUCCAUCCCAAUCUGAAUUAUAUGUGCAACAUAACCGCCCAACCUCAGGACCACGUCAACACACCUUCAGCCGCUUUUUCUUUUUCUGGCGCCGCUCCAAGCCACAUAGGGCAAUUGAGCGUGACUCCCAAACCCGGUCCCACCCUCUCAGCUGGGCUCGAAACGUAGUCUCUGGCAUGCUGCGCAGAGGACAUGGAUCGGACAUGGAGAUGCGAGAACCACCAGUAGUCGAGGACCCGUACACAGCUAUCAAACCUGCACUAUCACGCGACAAAGAAAAAACGAGCUCCCAGCUUAUCUCAACCUCCCAACACUCAUACUACGCAACAAUACACUAGUGUAGCAACAGAGCACACCAUCGUCGUCGCAGAUACCACCUCCCACUGCCAUUGCCUCGACACUUUCCGCUAUCGCCGGUAUCGCAGGGAUAACAUGAACCGUCCCACGUCCUGACAUUACCGUAAGACAGGCCGGAUGGUGGACCUGUCUUAUGCUCUGGGUUACUUGCGUGUCCGUGGAGUACA